CUGCCUAUGUAAAGGGCACCUCUAUUUGUCUCCAUCAGAUAUGCAGAUAUUGCCUCCUUCUGAGCCCUGUUAGUAAGAGAUCCAUCUUGUUUGCUCAUUUGCAUUAAAUAUUGUUUGUACUAGCCAUAUUUAGCCAAAAGAGGCUCCAGUUUGAGCUGCCCAGUCUAGACCCACACCUAGAGUCUUGGUUCUUGUAUUUGGCACAAGUUGCUGGGAGUUUCUGCACCAACUGAAUCCCCAUGCAGACAUUGGCUGUUGGGACUGCUGAGGAUACUAACGCUGAGCAUGAAUUUUAUGACAUGCGCCCCCUGAUAAACUACCGCACCUGCAUUUUGGAAGGCAGUCCUGACUCGUUUGUAGUGGAAAAGGCUUACUUCAUCUCAGUACGCCAAAAAAAACAGUUUCUAACAUACAUGAGGAAAGGAUUAAACCGAAGUUUGCAUCAGAUAAAAUUUUACCUUCUUUCACUAGUAUCAAAUGAGUUCAGCCUGUUUAGACAUCAAAAAUUCAAGAAAAGAGACCAGUGCCUAAUUGACCUGUUUCUCAAGCGCUAUGGUAUGGACCUUCUUUCUAUGGAGUUCAUCCUGAAUUCUAAAAAUAACAAAGGGCUCUGGAAGUACCUUUCUUCCAACUAUCGCUUCAAGCUCUGCCCAAUUGCUGAUGGACCAUGGACAGAUGAAGAGUUGUUGCGUCUCAUCAAAGGAGUGGUGUACACCUGGAACAAAAUGUCAACUCAAAACUCCUCCUGUUCCAUCAAGGGCAUUAACUGGAAGAAAGUAUUCCUUUUUGUUAGAACACGCACGCCUUCAGUCUGCUGCGAUACAUAUAUCCUGUUUGCAAAGCAAGCUUUGCACAUGCAUCACCACAAACUGAAGCACCCAGAUGCGGAGGAUCUCCCAAAGUGGACAUCUAAUCAUGAAUUGAUGCUCAUUAAAGAGAUGAUCAGAUCCCCUGCCACGACGCUGUCGGUGAUGGACUUCAGGUCAAUGAUGGCCCUACCGGAGUUUGAAGGCUUCAGUGACAGCUACCUGCGGCGCAUGGCGCGUGAUGCUAUUGCUGCCUGGGUGCCUCUGCCGCAGCGGCGCAACCUCGACGGUAUCUUGCUGGUUUCCACUCUCUCCACUCUCCAUAUGCUAUAUUACUUAUUGCUGCAUGCUGUGCUGAUAGCCACUCUCCAU